AUGACAUCGUUUCUGAAAACUAUUAAUGGACUUCAAUUAUUUAAUAAAUUCUUGAAACCAAGUAUCAGUACAAUUAUCUCAAAGCGAGAUGGAGGUGUUGGUACACCUAAAUACCGUCAUCCAGAAUGGCUCCCAAAAGUCACACAUGUUAAACAUGAUGAACAUCUAACACAAGAUAAUAAAGAGUUUAUUGAAGAAAUAGUCCAAGACAAUUAUGACUCACCUAUUGAAUUUGGAACACAAAUUUCUCCAUUAAAAAUAGAUCCAAUUGAACCAAUCACAAAAUGGAGGAAAGGUCUAAGACGUACUGGCUUAAUUGCUAAGAAAAUUGGAGUUUAUCCAUUAUGGUUGAAAGAUGGAAAAAAAGUUAGCUCGACAUUACUUCAGAUUGUUGAUAAUGAAGUUGUGAAAUAUAUGCCACCAGAGAAAUUUCAUCCAGUUAGAAGCUGUAAACCUCCAUUACAAAUAAAAAGGAGACUAGGAUGUCUUGUAGUAGGAGCAGAAAAUAUAGAUCCACAAUGGGUUACUAAAGAAUAUUAUGGUAUGUUUAAAGACACUGGAGUUAUACCAAAGCGUGUAUUAAGAAGAUUUAUAAUAUCUCCUGAAGCAGCAUUACAGCCGGGAACUCCUUUGAUCGCUGCGCAUUUUAAACCAGGAGAAAUCGUCGAUAUCCGUGCAAAAACGAUAGAUCGUGGUUUCCAAGGUGUCAUGAAACGAUGGGGCUUUAAGGGGAUGCCUGCCAGUCAUGGUGUAACCAAAACGCACAGAAGACCUGGAAAUAUUGGGUCAGGCGGCCGUAAAGCCCGAGUUAUGCCUGGCACUAAAAUGCCUGGACAUAUGGGUAAUAAAUGGCGUGUUCAUAGAGGUCAACAGAUUCUACGAAUAAAUACAAAAUAUAACAUAAUUUGGAUCAAAGGACAAAAUAUACCUGGAGAAAUCAAUAGUUAUUGUCAUAUUUAUGAUACAAUACUUCCUUUGAGACGACAUAAAACAGCACCACAUUUUCCUACAUACUUGCCAAGUAUUACCAAAGAACCGCUUCCGGAAGAACUAUACGCUGACGAAGUACAUCAGUUUUCAGAUCCCACAAUAGAAUUUAAAGAAGAAUCUUAAUUAUAUGUCUACAAUAUUAAAUAAAAAAUAUAA